UCAUAAAUCAGCUCAGGUGGGUGUCCCGGCGUGACGUCAGCGCUGGGCAAACAAACGCGCGCCCGCGAGCGCUCAGGCAAGGUGAAGUUCAGUUAAAGUAAAACUUUCAGCUCGCGAGGAAAAUGUCCGUGAGCUUCCUGCUGGACACGGCCAUGUACGGCAACCCCGCCGCGAGACACCUGAACCUCGGCCACCAGCCUCACCUGAACUACCCGUCUGCCCCGUACCCGGACUACAGCGGGUACCACCCGGGUCCUGCCCUCGGGAAUGACCUGCAUCACACCGGCAGCUCGUGGAGUCCCGGCUUCGGCCCGGGUUUGCGUGAAGAGUGGCCGCCGCUCUAUGGUCACGGGACGGGUCACUCGCUGCCGGCUAACGGCGUGGAGGUCAACGUCAUUCCGCAAGUGGAUCAGGCGCAGCUGGAGAGAGAAGAGCCGCAGGACUGGAUGAGACGAGCCGCGGGUCCCGGGAACACUGGAGGGAAGACGCGGACGAAGGACAAAUACCGAGUGGUGUACAGUGACGUUCAGCGCCUGGAGCUGGAGAAGGAAUUUCAUUUCAGCCGAUACAUCACCAUCAGAAGGAAGGCGGAGCUCGCCGGAGCCCUCAGCCUAUCAGAACGCCAGGUGAAGAUCUGGUUUCAGAACAGAAGAGCCAAAGAAAGGAAAAUAAACAAGAAGCGACUGCAACAGGCCCAGCAGAGCUCUACAUCCACUCCUCCCAGCAUGCCCAGUCACACCAGCGCCACCAUGGUCUCCAGCACCAACAACGCUUUGAUGACAGACAAUAUAUCGGCCACCAUUAAAGAGGAAUACUGAGACUCUAUCAAACCGAAGGACCGACGGUACAUGUUUACACAGUUUCAGCGACACGGAGUGGAACGUUCAUAUUGCACUACACAAAUGACACGCAGACACGUUUUAUUGUGAUAAUGCGCACAGUAUUUCAAUUUUUGUAAAAAAUUAUGAUCUCAGAGUAUGUCGGACGACCGAAGACACGUCAUAAUGCUUUCUAAAUUGUUUUGCGUACUGCUUUUGAUGACCUCACUAACUGCGAUGAUGAUUUGAUGACUAUAUUUGCUGCGCGCGCAUCACUACUGCUUCGCUUCGUAAAAUAUUUCACACCGACUGGAAAACUGACAUUUAUAAAAAAACAAAAAAACAAAAAACAAAACAAGGAGUCAACUGGUGCCUCUGUGUAAUUAUUCUUUUUAAAAAGUUUAAAAUUUUUAAUAAAAAGAUAUUUGAAGAGAA